ACCUUAACUAUACAUUGAAACCUAAUUUUUUGAUUUAAUUAGUGGAAAGAGAGAGAGAGAGAGAGUUAUAAGUAUUUAAGUUAUAAGUAUUUAAAACUAUAGAACAUCUAAAAAAAAUAACUUAAAAUAAAAUUUCAUUAAAACAAAUUUUUUUUUAAAACUUAGAUUAUAUUAAUAAUAAUGUCUGUAUUGAGCCAAUUAUAUUCAUUGAUUAUAUCAGAUAUAUGGACAACAAUUAUUAGACUACUAAUUGGUUAUGUUGUCUACUAUUUGGCUAAAUUUUAUUACAAACAUUAUAGUCUACCUCCCGGUCCAUUUCCAUUACCAUUGAUCGGCAAUUAUUUAACUUUUAGAACUAAACAUCAUUGGGAUUACGCUAUGAGACAAAUGGCCAAAAAAUAUGGUCCAAUAUUUACCGUAUAUUUGGGAAACAGUCCGCAAAUAGUGAUCACCGAUCCGGUCAUAGCUAGAGAUGUAUUCAAUAGAUCAGAAUUUGCGGGAAGAACUCAAACAUAUUUUGUAAAAUUAAUGGGUGAUGGUGUCAUAAUGGCUGAUUACGGACCCAAUUGGGAAACACGUAGAAAUGUGGCUCAAGCGGCAGUUAGAAAAUAUUCAAACAAUGAACGAUUGGUUAACGUAGUCGUCGAUUGUGUGGACAAAACAGUGGAAACAAUGUUGAAAACAAUUGGUCCAAACAAACCCAUUGAACAAUCAAAUUAUAUAUAUCUAACAUUUUUAAAUAUUAUGGCUAAUAGUGCCUUCAAUGAAAAUUAUAAUUUUGAUGAUCCAGAGUUUAAAAAAUUUAAAUAUGUUUUAAACGAUAUAAAUUAUGAAUGGGGAACACGUUUUCUAUUAUAUGAAUAUUCAAAACUAAUUCAAUGGAUUGAUUAUAAAUGUUUUAAUCAAAUAACUAAAGUAUAUGAAGAAAUACGUGAAAUUAUUGUUAAAAAAAUUAGAAAUCAUUAUAAAGAUUACGAUCCAAGUAUUGAACGAGAUUUUUGCGAUACACUGAUUGAAGCGAAAAAUACGGCGCUCCGGGAUGUGGGACAGGGAGAUAGCAAACAAUCCGUGGCUAACUAUCUAACCGAUGAUAAGCUCGGUAUGAUUGUGUUGGAUAUAUUUCAAGCCCGUAUCGAUACAUCCUAUAAUACAUUUCAAUGGCUACUAUUGUUUUUAUCAAGCGAUUUAGUGGUACAAAAAAAAUUACGUAAAGAAAUUUCCGAUAAAAUCGGUGACCGAUUGCCAACACUUGACGAUAGACAACAAUGUCAUUAUGUAAUGGCAUUCAUAUCGGAAACAUUAAGAUUCAGAAAUGUUGUUCCCGUAGCCGUUCCUCGCAAAGCAAUGGUCGACAGUAAAAUAGGUAAUUAUAUGAUACCGAAAAAUAUGUCAAUAGCUGUCUUUCAGGGAUUUAUUUUGCGAAACGACAGCAACAAGUAUUGGACAAAUCCUAACGACUUUAUACCCGAGCGCUUCCUCGACAGUGACAACCAUUAUAUGAUAACCCGUUUACAACAGACAGCUUACAUACCCUUUGGUAUCGGACGUCGUGUAUGUUUAGGCGAAAAGUUGGCCACCGCUGACCUGUUCCUAGUUUUGACCCGAUUUCUACAGUCGACACAAAACUAUGACAUUGUUUUGGACAGUCAUCCGGGUUUUGAUGCCGAUCCUUAUAAUGUCGAUUUAGUUAGUCCCUGUAGUUAUUCAAUUAUAUUUAAAUCUAAAUCAUAAUUACUGUAUAAUUACUAUCCAAUUAAUAAUAUA